AUGACCCUCAGCUCGGAGCUGGCGCCGCUGAAGGAGGAGGCGAGCGGCGGCGGCGGCGGCGGCGACGACGCGGCGGGCUCGGACGAUGCCCUCGACGGCGGCGGCGACCGCGUGGGCGCGUUAGGUCGGCCGCCGCGGCCGCUCGAUCACGCGAUGACCGUGGACAGCAUGGGGUUGAGCGCGAUGGCGGCGUCGCUGCCGAACGGGAACGGACUCGUCGGGUCUUGGGGGAGGGAGAGAGGGAAGUCGCCGCUCGGGGACGACGGCGGCGGCGGCGGCGGCGGCGGCGGCGGAGGCGUCGUCGCGCGCGUGUCGCGCGACGCGAAGACGUUGAGCGGGAACCCGAUCAUGGGGUUCAACAUCGAUCCGAACGCGCGAGACCUGAUGAAGAAGAAGGUUGACUACUCGCGCAGGGCGUCGAUAGACGUCCACCCGGGGAGCGGGGCGUGA